AUGUUCCGUAACCUCUCGUAUGCUGCCUGCGCCCUGGCGGUUGGUAUCAAGAACCAAUUUGACAACCCACAAUCGAUAAUUUCGUCGGAGAAUAGCUUAACCUUAAGCAGGCUGAAUCUGGAGAGAUGCUUACCCCAAGUCAAGGCUAGUGGUCAGGAAUGCCAAAUGUACGUUGGCGACAGGAUCAAGAGAGCCGUUGGCUUUCCUCAGCUGACCGCUUGCUGCAAGCCUCUCCGGUACAAGGACUUCAUUAUUUCUUACGACACCAAGAACCGCAUCCCCAACUGGGUUUAUGAGCAUCUGCAGUACUACAAGUUCUACAAGGAUGACCCCUGUGACAGGAGGGCCAAUGUCUGCCCAUACAAAGAAGAGGAAGGCAGACUUCACGGACAAGAGAAGCCAAAGUUCCACCCUGACUGUCGUAUCCAUGGUUACCACCGCGCCGACGUCAGAGACUACUGCGAUAGCGAAUACGAGCUGGGUCUAAUGGCGGAUCCUGCCAACUACCCGUUCGAUGCCGAGGCUUGUGCCGAAACCCAAGUCAUGACUAAUGUAGUGCCAAUUGUCCCCGGCUUCAGCUGUGGGCCAUGGUUUGACUUACAGUGCUACAUCCGAGAGAAGCUGGUGCGAGAAAACAAGAGCGUUUACGUUUGCUCCGGUCCUCUCUUCCUGCCAUGUGAAAACGAUGGCAAAGUACAGAUGAAGUUCGAUGUGCUUGGAGAAGGAGAAGUUUCGGUACCAACUCAUUUCUUUAAGGUGAUCAUCAUCGAGACCCAUGACGGCAAUCUGGAGCUAGAAUCAUACAUGGUACCCAACUGCAAGCCAGACGAAGGUGAAGAAGUCAAACUGGACGACUACCUGACCCCUCUGUGCCAGAUCGAGCACGCCUCCGGUCUCAUCUUCUUCCCCGAGAAGAAAGUCUGCUUCACUAGCAACAACAAAAGGAGAGGCGCCAGGCUACAUGCUUUGUAA